GGGGCGUGGGUCGGUCGCGUGACGAGACUGGCGGGUCCUAACCAACCCCGUGAUCCGGGGGCGGGGCUCUGGCGGUUGCGUGACCGGCGGCGGGGUCACGUGACGCGGCCGCAGACCUCCCAAGAUGGCGGUGUGCGUGGCGGUGAUCGCCAAGGAGAAUUACCCUCUCUACAUCCGCAGCGUCCCCACGGAGAAUGAGCUGAAGUUCCACUACAUGGUGCACACAUCCCUGGACGUGGUGGACGAGAAGAUCUCGGCCAUGGGGAAGGCCCUGGUGGACCAGAGGGAGCUCUACCUGGGCCUGCUGUACCCCACAGAGGACUACAAGGUAUACGGCUACGUGACCAACUCCAGGGUGAAGUUUGUCAUGGUGGUGGAUUCCUCCAACACGGCGCUGCGGGACAACGAGAUCCGCAGUAUGUUCCGGAAGCUGCACAGCUCCUACACAGAUGUGAUGUGCAACCCCUUCUACAACCCGGGGGACCGCAUCCAGUCCAGGGCGUUCGACAGCAUGGUGACGUCUAUGAUGAUCCAGGUCUGCUGAGCGAGCACUCUGCUGCACGUCAUCUGGGAGAGAAGACUUCUGUACAUAACUGGAGUGUCUAGCCAUGUAUUUAUUAUCCUCUGCCUUUUCCCGAGUGUCCUGCACGUGCUGCCGGGGACGAGGCCUCGAGCACAGCACGUGUCGACUAAAGGUCCUGUGAGAUCAGAUGUGGCGUUUUCCAUCUCUGUCAGCAGAGGGUCUGACUAAAGGGAGUUUAACACGGGACUUUUUGGGGCUGGGCGCAGAGGUCAGGGACCAGACAGAGUGGAGAGCCGUCGUGCCCAGUAGGUGUGAAGGGGCAUGGGGAGUGGGGUGGCAGAUGAAGGCACACAGGGACCCGUGGGCUCGCUUCUUUGCUUUGCUGUCUGCCCUCUGUGCUCUGCAGUGGCUGACCAGUGGGCUGUCUGUGCCCAGAACCAGAUGGAGAGGGGCAUAUGGGACAGCCGCAUGCCUUCCCCAAGGGGAGAAGUCCUCUUUCUGGGCCCAGCCCAGCCUUGGGAGGCAGCCCUCAGGAGACCCAGGAGCCUCCUGUGACUGCAGCGUCUCCUCGGCUGCUGCUUGCUUUCUGAGCUGAAGGAGUCACGUGCAAGAGCCCUCUUCCACCUGGGCGCUUCCUCAUGGCCCGAGGGCCAGACGCGGCCCAGGAGGUGAGUUCCCCUCCCCUGCUGUCCCCGUGCCCAGGGGCCCGCUGCGGUGGCGUCGGGGGCUUGCGUUUGAGGAGAGGGUGAUGCACGUGGAUUUCUGCCUUCUGCUUCCGCAGAAGCCUCCUCAGCCGAGUUCAGAUGAUUGUCUAACUAGCUGACUGUGAUUGGUGACAGCCCCUUGUGGGAUCAGGUGGCCCAGGUUCUCGUGCCUUUGUCAUUUGGCAACAUGGCCCAUGAAGUGAGAGAGGCAGUGAGUACCUGCUGGGCCUGAGCCCCACGCAGAGUCUGCUCCUCGUCUGCUGAGCUGCUGGCUUCCUUGAUUCGGGCUCCCCGGGGCAGCUGUGAGCCCCUCUUACCCUCUCAGCCGCUCCGAAGAGGGUCCUGAGCACAGUGAGGCGGCCCAGGGCGUCAGGGAAGGCUGGCAGCCUCGCGGGCCCAGGGCUGGAGCUCAGCUGGACUCACUCUGCAAGCCUUUGGGUUUCUGCCUGUCUAACCAGCACAGGAUCGAUUCUUCACGUUACAGAAGUAAGGGGAAAAAUGAGCAGAGAGUGUGUGAGAAACAUGUAAGUCCCCGCCGCCACGCCCCCUCCUCCCCUGCUGGACGUGGACUUGAAGACCUCGAGGAGGGCCGAGAAGCACCAACACGCAGGUGCUGGUUCCGAUGCCAGUGGGCCGCAGGCUGCCCACACCCGGACGUCUUCCCUGCAGUGCAGCUCCUGUCUCUGGUGGGGCUUCGGUAGUCUCUCCUGCCUGGGUAGCGGCUGUGCUAGGGGCUGCAAAUUGCCAACCCAGCACCCAUUCUCUCUUGCUUCCUUAUUAACAGAACCCCAGUGUUACUGGGGACAAUUGACCAGACAGAAGAUACUUCCUACCCUCCGCAGCAUACAAGGGUAGGCAGUUAUGGUACCUAAAUGGAUGGUGUUGGUAGGGACUUGCAGGAAAGACACUUUAAAGGGGGAUUCAGCUGGCAAGUGGAGUACCCUUUCUUCAUCUUUUUCCUUUUUCCUCCCUGGAACUUGGAGGUGAUGGCUAGAGCUUAGGCAACCAUCUUGAGAGGAGGAGGACAAGAUCCACCCACUAAGGAUGGGAGAGCAGAAACCUAGAAGGAGCCUGGGUUUUUGCUGACAUACCAGCCCUGGACUACUUAUGUUAGCAUUUUUUUUAUGUGAGAAAAUAAACCCGUAUCUUUUUAAGCUA